AUGGAUAAUCUUCAAGCGAUGCAAUACGUAAAUUCAGAAGAGCCAGAACAGCAGACAGGUCUGCCCAAGACGGUCAAAACCAGUACACACCGAUUAUAG